CAUGACAAGAAAACAAUCAUGAUACAUUAUUUCAAACAUUUCAUCCGACUUUGACUUCUGUCUGUGGAAAUGGCACAACAUCAUCCACUACUGUUAUUUCUCCAGACUCUCUUGCUGUUCUUUUCUAUUGUGGAUAACGUUACACCUGUAUUAUCAGAUGGAUGGAUGCAUGCACAUGCAGAAGACAAACUCUUUAAAAAACUCUUCAUGGGUUACAAUAAAUGGUCCAGACCUGUGCGAAACAUCAGUGACGUAGUUAUCAUCAAGUUCGGCCUCUCCAUCGCCCAGCUUAUUGAUGUGGAUGAGAAGAAUCAGAUGAUGACGACAAAUGUUUGGCUAAAGCAGGAAUGGAACGAUUAUAAAUUGCGCUGGAACCCCUCUGAUUUUGAUAAUGUAACAUCUAUCAGAGUCCCAUCUGAGAUGAUUUGGGUCCCUGACAUUGUCCUGUAUAAUAAUGCUGAUGGUGAGUUUGCCGUGACUCAUAUGACCAAAGCCCAUUUGUUUUACACGGGGAAGGUGAGCUGGAUUCCUCCAGCCAUCUAUAAGAGUUCCUGCAGUAUCGAUGUCACCUUCUUCCCAUUUGACCAGCAAAACUGCAAGAUGAAGUUCGGCUCCUGGACGUAUGACAAGGCUAAAAUCGAUCUCGAGCAAAUCGAGAACACGGUUGACUUAAAGGACUACUGGGAAAGCGGAGAAUGGGCCAUCGUGAACGCUGUGGGAACGUACAACACGAAAAAAUACGACUGCUGUCACGAGAUCUACCCAGACAUCACCUACUUCUUCAUCAUCCGCCGUCUGCCCCUGUUUUACACCAUCAACCUCAUCAUUCCCUGUCUGCUCAUCUCCUGUUUGACUGUACUGGUGUUUUAUUUACCGUCAGACUGUGGAGAGAAGAUCACCUUGUGUAUUUCCGUUCUUCUUUCCCUCACCGUCUUCCUCCUGCUGAUCACAGAGAUCAUUCCUUCAACGUCGCUGGUCAUUCCUCUGAUCGGCGAGUAUCUUCUCUUCACCAUGAUCUUCGUCACCCUCUCAAUAGUCAUUACUGUAUUUGUGCUGAAUGUACACCAUCGUUCUCCCUGCACGCAUAAAAUGCCCCGCUGGGUUCAUUCGGUGUUUCUGAAUCUAAUCCCUCGCUGGCUUUUCAUGCGCCGCCCAGAACCCAAUCACAAGCCCCACCGGUUCUUCUUCAUGCAGGAGAAGAGCAAGACGCCGGACCUCAGCACAUCCAAAAGCUGGAUCCACCAGGAGAUGGACGGGAGGGGUUGUCAGGACAUGGAGUUUGGAGUCAGGAUGGAGAGACCCAAUUCCGUUUCAUCCCCAUCUGCAACAUCUCUGCAUUUGUCUGACUCUGAACCUUUACUCCAGAAGUAUGAGCUCCAGCAGUUAGGACACGUGGUGAACUCCUGCCAGUGUCCAGCAGACUUUACUAACAUUGUGUCAGAGCGAACGGUAACCUUCUCUCCAUGUGUGCUUCGAGCCUUGGAUGGGGUCAGAUACAUCGCUGAUCAUCUGCGAGCUGAGGAAGAAGAUUUUUCAGUCAAGGAGGACUGGAAAUAUGUAGCAAUGGUGAUUGAUCGAAUCUUCCUGUGGAUGUUCAUCAUUGUGUGUCUGUUGGGAACGGUCGGCCUCUUUCUGCCUCCCUGGUUAUCAGGAAUGAUCUGA